UUCAGUCACACUACACCGUAUAGCGUUAACGGACGUCCAACGCAUAACAAAAUUUUCAAUCCGUCCAUGUCCGUUCGCAUGCGUUUCUUUUCCGUUUAUCAUGCGGCGUUUGCGCUUCUUGUCCGGCGGUGUCCGCUGGUGUUCGUUCCGUUCGGUGGAAAGUUUUGAACAUGUUCAAAAUUUUGAACGUACACCACCGGAUAAAGUUGUCCGUCAGAUGUACGGUAACCAUGCGCUGGUAUGCGUUUUGUUCGUUACUCGUACGUUCCUUAUUCUGUACUUGUCCGGUUCGAGUCCGUUCUUGUCCGGUGGACCUGAUUCACGGCCGGACUACUAACGGACAUGCAGCGGAUGUAACGUAUGUUAAACGGACGAUAACGAACAAGGGACGUAUAAGAACUGAUAAAUAACAGACAUGAAUCGAUGGUCCACCGCACAAAACUGAUGAUGAAUAAAACGAGGUUUCCCUGGUUAUAACUGUCAUAUAUUUUCCUGCAUUUCAAGUGUAAGGACCUUCUGAAACUUUGAUAGUUUGAGUUAAUGAUCCACAUAUCAUGGAGUGUCGCGUUAGAGCCCGCCUGCAGUAUCAAGCGGCCGUGAUCCAGGCACGUAUUGACCUGUUGGAUGCGAAUGUAGAUAUUGUCGCUUAUGAAAAUAGGAGAAGAAGGAGGCGACUGCGGAGGUGGUGGUCAAAGGCUUGGCUGGGUCCUGAGAGACGUCGAAUGUUUGGUCUCUACGAUCAACUCAUGAUGGAGCUGCGGAGAGAAGACCAGCGGUCAUUUACGAACUUCAUGAGGAUGCCUCCUGAGAUGUUUGAUGAGAUUCUGGAACGAGUGGGUCCCAGAAUAACAAAACAAUAUACCACAUACAGAACCCCUCUUGACCCUGGAAUGAAGUUAGCCGUUACACUCAGACAUCUUGCGUCAGGGUCAAAGUAUUCCAACAUGCGGUUUGCCUGGAGGAUACCUCACAACACCAUCUCUGUCAUCGUGCGAGAAGUGUGCAGAGCAAUUAUAGACGAGUAUGUGGACGAGGUCAUGCCUUUGCCAACAACAGCUGCUGACUGGAAACGCAUUUCAGAUGGCUUCUUGGAAAAAUGGAACUUUCCUCACACUUUGGGUGCGUUGGAUGGCAAGCAUAUUGCCUGUAAGUGUCCAACUAGUUCCGGGUCCACAUAUUUCAACUAUAAGAAGUACUACUCCAUUGUCCUGCUGGCCCUCGUUGACUACGACUACAAGUUCAUUUGGGCCGACAUCGGAGGCCGCGGUGCAAAAAAAAUCGGACUAUUUAUACCAGUUUUGUCCGUCACGUGACCGGUAGAAAUACGCUCUUCGAACGUUCAAAGAACGUUUUGUCAGUUCUUCAUGCGCUGCGUGUACGUUUUGUGCGGUACAAAUCCGUUACUAGUACGGUGAAGUCCGUUAACUGUAUGUCUUUCAUCCGUUAUAUGUGCGUUGAUCGUUCGGUCUUUGUGCGUUUUGUACGUUUUAUGCGCCCUUACAGCGAUCAUGAGAGCACCGAGCAGCAACGGGAAAUGCUUUUCAUCACCGGAUAACUUUCAGCCGCAUUUUUCUUUGCGUU